CCGACAGCGGAAUGGCAGGAGAAGAGGCGGCGAGCAAAGGGGUUGUUCACAGAGCGCUGACCGCUGUGGGGGUCUACGGUCUGGCCAGCGGCGUCCGGGGCUACGUGGACACCACCAUCAGGUGGUGCUGGAUCCCAAACUGGCUCCCUUCCUGGUGUCCCACCUCUCAGAAAGACCUGCAGGCUGCAGAGACCCGGAUGCUUCGAUGCGUCAGCUGUUCUUUCACCAGACACUUCAUCCCGGUCUCCAACGGCUGCCAGCUGUGGACCCUGGCCUGCGGCGGAGCCGGGUCCCGGGGGAAGACCCCCCUGGUCCUGCUGCACGGCUUCGGAGGCGGCGUGGGCCUCUGGGUGCAGAACCUGGACGCUCUGUCUCGGGGCCGGCCCGUCUUCGCCGUGGACCUGCUGGGCUUCGGCCAGAGCUCCAGACCCCACUUCUCUAAAGACCCCCGGCGGGCCGAGGACCAGUUCGUGGAGGCCGUGGAGCAGUGGAGGGCCAAAGUGGGCCUGGAGUCCAUGAUCCUGCUGGGACACAACCUGGGAGGAUACCUGGCGGUGUCGUACUCCAUCAGACAUCCAGGCAGAGUGAAGCACGUGAUCCUGGUGGAGCCGUGGGGUUUCCCCGAGCGUCCGGACUCAUCGGAGGCCGACCGGCCCGUCCCGGUGUGGAUCAAAGCCCUGGGCGCCGUGUUCAGCCCCUUCAACCCGCUGGCCGGCCUGCGACUGGUGGGACCGCUGGGUCCGUCUCUGGUCCAGACCUUCAGACCCGACCUCAGGAGGAAGUUCACCUCCAUGUUCACGGACAACACGGUGUCGGAGUACAUCUACCACCUCAACGUGCAAACUCCCAGUGGAGAGGCGGCGUUCAAGAGCAUGCGUGGCGAGUACGGCUGGGCCAAGAGGCCGAUGCUGCAGAGGAUCCACCGGCUGCGACCGGACGUCCCGCUCACCGUCGUCUACGGCUCCCGGUCGAGCAUCGACUGCGACGCCGGCGGUGCGCUGAAGGAGCUCAGACCUUACUCCCACGUGGAGAUCAUGACGAUCCGCGGCGCCGGGCACUACGUGUUCGCCGACCAGCCCGAAGACUUCAACCAGAGGGUAUCGCAGGUGUGUGAGACGGUGGACUGAGCGGCGCUGUCCCGGGCCGGGAGCUCCCCGGUCUGAACCCCUCUGGUCUGGAGCGUGUGCACACGCUGCGCCGGCGGUGAGAGAACAAGUGAGCGGGCGAGCGAGCUGACGUUCUGUCAUCUGACGGCUGAGUCAGGCCUCUUCCUGGAAUCCUGCUCAAUACGUCCUCUGACUCCUCCACCUCCACCAAACCCACUAGAAAAUGUCAUUUCCCAGCAGAGCCUGCAGGCCCGGAGCACAUGCCUGCCUCUCACAAGAACGGCCUCUUUGACAUGCAGCCGCCCUCUCAGCCCAGCCGCCCACAUAGGAGGUAUUAUAUGUCGCUAAUUUAUGAUGAUAUUGGUAUUAGUUGGGAGUAAUAUUGAACAGGGGGGGCCGGGUUCCGCAGCGUCAUGUGUUUCUCUUUGCGGUUUUCCUGAACGACGCAGACGGAAGUAUAACUUUCAGCACGCAGAACGACGCCGUCAGCAUCAGGAAGCAGCCGUUCACAUUGAUCCACCUCAUGAUAGCCUGCUUCACAGCGUCCCAGACGAUCUUUUCCGGUUCUUUUAACCCGUUUGGCUCCUCAGGAGUAAAUUUUUUAUCACUCUAAAUGUCAGUGUGAAACAGCUGGAGCUUUAUGAAAUGGUAAAAUGUGGAUUUCACUGAUCUUUUUGCCUCAAAAACUGCACUGAUCCUUGGUUAAAAACAGACAUGCAGUAGGCGUGAUGAGCUGUUUUUAUGCCUUCUCACUACAAUAAGAAGUUCGUAUUCAAAAGAAGCUUUCUUGGUGUUUUUUCCUGAACCGGAGUUGGCAACAACAUGAUGCAUUGUGGGAUUUAACCAAGCACAUGAAGGAGAUGAAAUGAGAAGCGAUCAGCAGUGCCCCGCCACUGAGAGGUCAGGUUUCUCCGCCUGUGGUUCUCCACCGGGGAUCUUCACGGAUCCUCUUACACAGAGCGUCCCCCGGAGUCCGGAUAUCUCCUCCAGGACGCUCGUUUUCACACACCAGCAGAACAUGUGAGAUGAGAACAGCCUCUAAAUACUUUGAUCUCUUUUUGUUUAGUGCAGGGGUGCCCAACAUAAGGCCCGCGGGCCCAAACUGGCCCGCAUGAGGCUCCAGUCCAGUCGAACUCAGGGAGAGUUUAUAGAAAAAAGCAUGAAGCAACAGCGAGAGAAGCUUUUUUUUUUCCACUGGGUUUCUGCAGCAGAAGGUUGAUUAACAUGGCUUCAUGUUGACACUGUCGUUCUUUUCUUUUCAAUUGUUUGGUUUUGUGGAAAUGUAGAUAUUUUCAUCGUCUUCUGAACCACAGCAUGGACAAAGCUUCAGGUCUAAAGCUUGUUCUUUAUGGCGCUGCUGUACUGGUCCGGCCCACUCAAGAGGAACUUCAGCUUCACGUGACCCAAAACCAGAAGGUUCAGGGCGAAGAUGCUUGAGAGCAUAAUGGAAAAGUUUAUAUUUAGUUUAUGUUUUCAAAACAACUGGAAAAACAGCCUCAAAUUUAUAUUUUAAUUUUAGCAUUAAUCCAUUUUGACAAAGUUUUCUGAUACAAACUUCAGCCAGAAAGUCAUGUGCUUGCAGUGUUAUGCAGAUUUAAUGCAUGUUAUUUACAUAUUCGCCCUCAGAGUGUUGAAGGUCACUGAUUCUGCUCACAUCUCAGUUCUGUCUCCUUUACUCAUGAAAGCUCAUCAGGCAGGGCCGGUUUUGGCCCUCGGACCACACGUUUGAGACCCCCACAGUGAUGUUGAGGGUGUGCUGGAGGAGCAGGCUGGUUUUCCUUCUGUUAAAGUUUUACCCAGGAGUGACCGAUGGGCCUGAAAAGAGGUCACUUUAAUACUCAAUCGGCUUUAAGAUGAUGGAAGUGGAGGCGACUUCAUUCCACUGACGUGAGGAAUUCAGAUUAACUGAUCGUGUUCUCCAGAGACGCACACUGACUGAGUUUUGCUCCAUUUUUUAAAACUGAUUGUUAAUGUGAAGACUGAAGACCCAUUUCCACGACGUUUCAAGUGACAAAGCAUGAUUAUUUUGCAUUUUCGUUUCAGUAAGGUUUUUCGUUUACAUAGCAUUUUGAGAAGAAGAUGCGUUUCCAAAGGAUGGAAUUAGCAUGUUGAGCCAAGAGAGCCACACACACACACACACACACACACACACACACACACACACACACACACACACACGCUGCAGAGAACAAAACGUUUUAAACAUUAAUGGGAGAACAUCUACUCCCUCAUUUACUAUGGCAGAUGCAUGGUAGCAGUGUUUCAGAAAAGUUGCAUUUCCCUUUGUUUCUGCAGAACCUGAGCAACAAUAAAAACUUCCAGGUUUUCCAAAAGGUUUCCAGCCUCUCAGAGCAACACUGUCGUGUAAACUGACCCCAGAAUGAGAGUUCUGCGUUUCACUUGUGUCACGUCGACGUGUGUUUAGUCUUGCACAGUUUCUCCUUUGACUGUUUUGCUGUCAUGUCAUGUACAAAUGAAAUAAAAC